GUUAAUAAAUGUCGACAUAUCAAAGGCAAAUGGGGUAAUUCCAGUCUGAUUCCGUGUUCACGACUGGUUGAAGCGUUGACUCGAUGACUGAUGGAUCUUCAGUACAUGCCCAGUGAGAGGGCGUAAGUUCGCGAGACUUUGUGAGAAUCGACUGGUAUUCGAGCGUAGCAGAUUGGAAAUGGAAUAUGUGACAACUUCAUCAUCAACUGAAAAUCCUGUUGUCAGCAGUCAGAUAAAAUGUAGAAAUAAAUUUUAAAUGAUGCCUGGAUUUGCUAAUAUCCUAUUGUGACUGCUUUAAUUCCACAACAAUGUGGCCGAUAAAGUUGGACCUGUCUCGUGAUGAGUGCAAGAAAUGUUUACGCUGUCUGGAAUUGGAAGCCUAUGGUAGUAUGGUGUCAGUACUGCGGGCACAAGGCUCAUUUACUAAUGAGAAGCAGAAAUUAUUGCAGGAACUAGCUAAAGCUCUUCAUAUAUCAAAUGAAAGGCACCGUGCAGAGGUGCGGCGUGCUGUUAAUGAUGAGAAACUAUCUACGAUUGCUGAACAGUUAAAUGGCCCAAAUACUGGUACAGAUUGGGCUAUUGAGGGUCGAAGAAUAAUUCCUCUCUUACCAAGGUUGAAUCCUCGCAAUGUUUUUACAAGCUUAGCUAAUAGUCUUUCACUUGCGACUUCUGUUGCCAAUACAAAAAUGCCAUCAACAUCAGCGGAAAAGUCAACAGAUGUAAAAGUUAAAGUGGAGACAGAAUCCGCCAUAAAAAAAGUGGAAGAGAAUGAAUCACCUGCAGAUACCACCAUUAAACAAACAGACAAUCAUUCCAUCAGUAGAAAAAGAAGAAGAUCACGAGUGGAGUUAGAGGAUCUCUUCUGCAAUGUAACCCAGCGUGAGGAUACUACUAAUAAUGUCAAAGAUGUUGUGAGACCUUUUUCUCGCUUAGGAUCAGAAUCAAUAUCUCCUGUACCAGUUUCAUUAUCGAAUAAGGUUAUUGUAGUAUCGACAAGUUCAGCUUUGGAUUUAGCAAAGAAUAGUGUCAUCGAUAACACUGCUACAAUCACUACCGUCAAUUCAUGGUGUUCCACAACAAGUAUAACAUCGCUUCAUGAUGCUUCCGUUCAUACCAGUGGAAGUAGUUCCAGUGGAUCAAUUGCUACAGUUCCAUGUAAAGCUAUGAUAUCUGCAAAUAUAUCACAUACGCAUGUGCCUACUCAAGUCAGUCGGUCAGUUUCAACGGUUGUACCAACAUACGUAACUGCAAUUCCGACCAGUAUAAUACGAGGUAAAGUGAUAUCGACACAGAGUAAAGUACAACCCAAAACAACGUCACUUGUGAUACCCAACAGCGGUCCACAAAAUCCUGUUGCACAGACCAUGCAGUCAGAAGUUUCUGAUGUACAAACAAAUAGCGACAUUGAUAGAAGUGUAAAACUAGUGCAAUUAACAAGCUGUGUGCAGAAAACAGUCAAAUCUAGCGGUAAUACGAGUCCUACAUGCCUGCAAAGGAUAACAAGCACAACACAAGCGAGUACGAGGCCAACCUUAGCCGUAAAAUCUAUGACGCCAAAUAGCGGACCUCGACUGGUGACUGUAAAUACUGGAGUUGCUUCAAGCGGGCCUGGGCCUCCUUCUAUCAGACCUACCACAGCAGUAUUAAGGUGCAAAAAAAUGUCUGCUGUUAAACCUGGUCAGCAGGCUACCAAAAUGGGUAUUACAUUAAAUUCUAGUAAAACUGUAAAUAUAGGAUCCAAUUCUGGCUCAAGAGUGGCGGCUAAAGCAAAUGUAAUUGUUGUACAAAAAGGUCCCGCCAGAGGUGUUACGCUGUCUCAUGCUGGAAAGGAAGUAUUAGGUAAAGUUAUAAUGGGUGGAAAAAAUUUGUGCUUAUCAAAUCAGCAAUCAGCUGGUACGAUAGCAUUACUCCCACGUAGAAUUUCCACUAAUGGGGAACAAUCUUUAGCCAUGCUAUCUCCUAUAAGUUCCCCUCAACCGGAGUGUGUAAAAACGAAUACAAAAUCUGGAAACAUGAUUGUCUUCGACCUACGACAGGAUUCUUUAGAGAAAAGUAAAGUUCUUUCCGAGAUUCUUGAAGCUUCUGGGGUUUUCGGUUCAGAAUCAAAGACUGCUAUUUUAAACACUAAUUCCCAUACGUUAAUGAAGGAACAAAAUACAGAUGUUCAAACGCCAAUAUGCCCCAAAAGUAAAUCCCCGCAUUUGAAGAGUGGUGCUAACUUUAGUUUUGUAAUGGACACAAAUGAGCAUAGAAAAAAUAAAGAAACUAUAGAUAAUGUAAAUGCAGAUAUAGCAACGUCUCCGGUUGAAUCGCAAACUGAGGAUUCCAAAGAUGGGCUUGCCAAGCCUGAUUGUAUGAGUGAAAUACAAGGAACACUUGACCCUCAAACCGGAAUCUACACUUUUCAAACAUCAGAAAAUAACCUGCACAACAUUCAGACAGACGAAUCUAUGCCCAGUUCAGAAAUCGAUAUAUUUAGCACAGCACUGGCUUCGACAGACAUAAACUUAGAGAAUUUUCAAUACGUCGAUACCAAUGAAAGCAAUAACGUCUUGGAUGACGUUAGAAGUCAAAUUCUAACGAUUGAUCAAAUAAACGAUUUAUACGAAAGUCAUCAAUCAAUAACCGACAAAUCAAACUGUUAACAAUGAGCUUGUUUCUCAAUUACCACCUUUUUGAUUUUUAAAAUAUUAAUAUAUAUUUUAUACGUAGGUUUAAUAAGAUUUAUAAUUUUUUCGGCGUAAUAUUGGAAUUGUUUGAUAUUUAUAUCAAUACUAAUUAUUCUACAAUAUCUUUAAAGGAAUUAAAUAUCUUAUUCUGUUGAUACAAAAUUUAAUCGAAAGAUAAUCUCCAACUGAGCAAAUAUUAAUUUGUCUAGUAUUUGGGUGAUCGUCAUCGUUGUGUUUUUCCAGAGACCGUUAAUGCGAGUGCCAAAAUAUAUUUCUAUCUCCUGAAGAUUGUCUGAAAGUAAUCUAACGACCAGAAAGAAAGAUCUACGAAUGUUUGUUAAUACAUCUAUCCUCGAAAUCCUAGCAUAGAAGUGCAGAAUUCAUUUCUAGUGUCAAUUCCAUGAGUGAUACUCGAAAAAUUUGUUUGGUUCCUACAUGUAACUUAUAUUAUCAAACCGAAAGUCCUUUUGAUUUAAGUAAUCACGUAGGUUUGAUUAAAAUAAAGACAAUUAGAAACCAUUGUGAUAAAAAGCGGACAACUGCCGUCCUGUAAUUGUAUUUGAUACAUGUCUAAUUUGAAUUUAUCAUCUACGAAAAAAUCUGUGACGUACUGCUCCAUGCUAUGUAUUGUGAAUACAUAUAUAAAGUUAGUGCUAUGUUUCAUGUGACGUGAUAUUUGUAGCAAGAUUACUAUCCUUGAUUUUUAGAUACAUGAUAGAACAUGAUGUGUCUGUUCCAUUGACAAUAUGCAAGACAAUGAUAUGUUCUACUUUGCUAGUCUAAAACAUGCAUUGAUGUGUAUUAGAAUUUUCAAAUUACUGUUAUUGAUACUUGUGAAUGAUUCAACAGAUUGAUUCCACAAACAAUAAGGUCAUUGCAAGUGACACUAGGUGUUUAAAGAUUGUUUGUAAAAAUUUUUUAAUUUCACGUUAAAUUUUGUCUGCUGAUUUAGGCAUUUACAUGCAAAUAUGUGCAUGCAGCAUAUACUUUGUAAGCCGCUCGUGCUAUCAGUUUGGUUGUCAUUGGUCACAGCCUAAUCAAGUCACUAGUUCGUCCCCGUGAGAUAGUCAUUAUAUUCAUGCAAUCGCACAAAACAGUAUUUUUAUGGAAUAUCAGUUUCACAGUUUCAUGACGUUUCGAAAAAUUCAAAGUCAUACCAAAAUCAAGCCUCAAUGAUAACCGUUUAUCGCUAGCAACUCAUUCCUGUGUAGUUGCUGUAAGAUAUAAAUCGUUUUACCUCUUUAUUACUUAACACUUUAUGCAAACUACCGGCCAAUCUAAACAACUACCUGAUUCUUUCCUUGCUCAAGUGCCAUUUAUUAGUACUAUUUCCAUGUCUUCACCAUAUUGUCAUCUACUGCCCACUGUCAAAUCAUUAUGUUCCAAAGAAAAGCACCAUUACAUCACGUACUGGAAUUCUUGACCUGCCAAGAGACAGACGAUAUUUUGGCAGCAGGAGUUUGUUUAUUGUACCUCAAAAUCUUUUUCUGUUUAUAUUUCUAGGAAGGUCACUUUCAGUGUCUACCAUAUAUAUUCA